AUGGCCGGUGCUGGAGGGGACACCCCGCAGCAGGGGGACGGGCCUGGGAAAGCGGCGCCGAAGGCCACCCUUCUCCCAGAGGAGACGCCGCAGGAACAAGCGCUCAGGCGGUCAGCAGAAGAGCUCAGACAGGAAGACAGACUCUCAGUUUGCAGCAAAUUAUGCUAUGCAAUAGGAGGUGCUCCAAACCAAGUUGCAACAAGUGCCACUGCUUUUUUUCUACAGAUCUACCUGUUAGAUAUAGCACAUAUUACUCCGUUUCAUGCCUCUUUGGUGCUGUUCAUUGGCAAAGCCUGGGGUGCAGUUACUGAUCCUGUUGCUGGCUUUUUUAUUAGCAAAAGUAAAUGGACAAAAAUUGGCCGGCUUAUGCCUUGGAUGUUGGGGUGUACGCCCUUCACGAUUGUGUCCUAUUUCUUCAUGUGGUACUUGCCUCCUUUUGUAGUGGGAAGAGUUGUGUGGUACCUGACUUUCUAUUGUCUUUUCCAAGCAUUGACGACAUUAUUCCAAGUACCGUAUUCUGCUCUCACCAUGUUUCUCAGCCCAGACCAGAAGGAGAGAGAUUCAGCAACAGCAUACCGAAUGACUGUGGAAGUGCUUGGAACCUUGAUGGGAGCUGCGCUCCACGGGCAGAUUGUGGCAAGCGCCCACGCCUCUGAUCACUGCACCGUGAAUCUCACCAUAAACGCUGCUGACUCUUCCAGUUCUCUAAGCAACGCUUCCAACCUGGCUGAGCCCUUGGGCCUCCAGUCUCAUGGAAGAGAAGUCUACAUGAUUGCAGCGGGAGUAAUAGGAGGGGUGUAUCUAUUCGGCAUUGUCAUCCUUUUCAUUGGAGUAAAGGAGAGAGACGAUCCUUACGCCUUAAAUUCAGACAAAGCAAUUCCUUUCUUUAAGGGACUGAGACUCACAAUGAAGCACGGUCCGUACUUGAAGCUUACAGCUUCGUUUCUUCUCAUCUCAACAGCCGUUCAGCUUGAGCAGAGCAAUUUUGUCCUGUUUUGCACCCAUGCAGCCAGUCUUCACAAUCACUUCCAGUAUUUAGUGGUGACCAUCUUGGUAUCAGCAGCAGUGAGCAUUCCAUUCUGGCAGUGGUUUCUACAGCAAUUUGGCAAGAAAAGUGCAGCAUGUGGGAUUUCCUGGAUGAUUCCUUUUGCGGUCAUGCUGGUUACAAUCCCAAAUCUGGUUUUGGCAUACGUGGUGGCCUUUGUCUCUGGUCUGAGUAUUGCAGCAUCUUUGCUGUUGCCAUGGUCAAUGUUGCCUGAUGUAGUUGAUCACUUUCGCCUGCUGAAUCCUCAUGCAAAGGGACCCGAAACCAUCUUUUAUUCUUCAUACGUCUUCUUUACCAAGAUGUCGGCUGGGAUUGGAUUAGGAAUUUCCGCAGCAAGCCUGGAGUUUGCUGGUUAUAAAACAGGGAUGUGCAGGCAAUCCAGCACUGUGAUCCUCACACUGAAAAUCCUGAUUGGGGCAGUCCCUGCCAUCCUCAUUGUUAUAGGCUUAUCCAUACUCCUCUUCUACCCAAUCACUGAAAAAAGUCGAAAAGAAACUGAAUUUGCACUCGAGCUGUUAAGAAGGAGUCAUCCGAGCACUGACAACCUUUCCAAAAACGAAGAGGAUACCUGGAUAUGAAAGUUCGGAGAGAAGUGGCUUUUCAAACCGAAGUCUGACCUCAGAUUCCAAAACACUGUACUUGGGGGGUGGGAGGAAGGAAG